CGCCAUACGUGUGUACUGCAGCACUCACUCCCUCACCAUGACCGUCCCCUCGUCGUCGUCCUUGCCACGCUACUGCCAUCCAAUCUCAGCGAGUGCAUCAUUGCCAGACUUCACAGGUCAUGUCCUCGUCGUGCCUGUCGUGUCGCAUGCCUGCAUUCCACAGCUGGCGGUAGACCUGCUCAUCAACAGCCCCGAGCUCAAGCUGCAGAGAGUGGCCAGGCUCGAUGCGACUAGAGAUCUGAUUCCUUUCGUAGGAUCCGACGAGGGAGGAAAUGGAGGCCUUACCACGUCGCUGGAAGUCUACUCCGACCCCUCUUCAAAGCUCACUGUCAUUCAGCAAAGGAGUCCGGUCCUCAAGGCGCGCAAAAGGCCCUUCAGCAAGCGCUUCACAUCCUGGGUCCGCUCCCAAGGUUUUGCCCAAGUCCUGAUCCUAUCUAGCGUGGACAAUGCCCUUCGUACAGAGGAGGAGAUGAACUCGCAACAGUCCCUCUUUCGUCACAUAUCUGUCUCGUCGACCUCUUCUUCCUCUACCUCGAGUGCUCUACUAGCGCAACUGAGUGCAUCUGUUCCAGAGCUGGGUCACUUCCCGGGCAAAGAGGGGGAGAAGGAGACGCCCAUCCCUUCUUCCUCGACGGGCAUCACAAGACGCCUGCUAGCCGACCUUACAUCCACAAUACCUUCAGAUGAGACUGCUGCAAAGACACCAACACAACUAGACGUGGGCGUGUUGCUCCUCUUCGCUGCAGAGGGAGACAAUAGGCCCGAUGCGCACUACCUCGCAGGAGCAGUCGCAGAGCUGCUCAGAGGGACAGGGACAGGGACGCAAAGCAAAGGGCAGGCGUCCAGCUUCCGCUUUGCGGAGCCGCCCAGCUGGGCGGGUCUUUUUGGUAACAGCUUCGAUCAGGCUCUCUUCGGCUGAGAGCUGGACCGGAGAGGAGAGAUGUAUAGCUUCGUCUGAACCGCUUUGCAUUGCAAUGCUCACACUUCGAAAUCAAUCUCUGAGGAACGAUAUGAUGCAUGCGAUUAGAUAUGAGGCUAAUAUAUGAUGGUAGUAGAUGGUGAAUGAGAAGCAGUGUGACUAUAAGAUGCAUAUGAGAGUACCAGAGAGAGGAGGGAAGGAGACAUAAAUGCAGUAGGCUAUGUACAGCAUGGAGCUUAUUUGAACGUUACUUGGCAUAUUAGCAUAGUCAGGAAAGGAACGCGAAGAAAGAACUGCACGAGCGUCAUGCAGUGGAGUAGUGAAGAGCGC